AUGCAGCACGUCGGGUCGGCGAUUUGGGACCGCCAAAUGACCGCCACACCCCACGUCAACGUCCGCGAUGCGGGUAGCACUCAGCCCCUGCUCAGUGCUGACGAGUACGAUGCCUAUUCGUGGGUGUUGCUUGAGGACCAUCCGUUGCGCUCCCAUCCUACGGAUUGCUGUCCCGGUGUACUUUGGAUGCUUCGGAAAUGCUGUGCCGCAGUGACCAAGAGAUGGAGUGAUCGCGCACUUACCCUGAUUUGUGUGUUCUUGAUGUUCUUAGUGGCGAUUCAGUUUCUCUCGCUCCUGCCAUAUGGCGUCUCCUAUCUCUUCUUACACGAGCAAUACAAAGCGCAGUCGGGGUUUAUUCAUUGGCCUGCGGAGUUUGAAGGCCAGCCGGCUGCUUGUAUAUCCUACAACCCACGAGCUCAUGCAGAUGCCAUCCAGUACUCCCUUGCGGCGGGCUGUACUGGAGUCAAGGCCGAUAUCUGGCUACAGGACGAUGACAUCCUUGUAGGCUCUUCAAUGUCAAGCCUUAGGAACGAGUCCACGCUGCGCAAGGUGUAUCUGGAGCCACUACUGGACCACCUUGAUGCUAUGAGUUUAGCCGAAGCGCAUCCUGACCAGGACUUCAUGCCGGCCACAACAGGACUGUUUGGACAAGAUGCACUGCAAUUCAAAUUGUACUUGGAAAUCCGGUCAUCUGCAGAGAAGGUGUGGCCUCGUCUCUUGUCUGAAUUGGCGCUUCUCAGCGAACGUGGGUACCUUACCCAUCGAAAUGGGACGCAGGUCCUCCCAGGGCCUAUCACUGUUGUUCUGACAGGUCGGGAGCAAGUAGACUUUGAUGGACUCACCAUCAGCCCUGAGAGCGUCGGCAAUAGUGUCUUCUUGGAUGAAUCAUACGUAAUGGGGUCCGAAGCGUCUGCUGUUGUACAGACCUCGACGGAAGAAGAAAGGGAGGCUUCUGAGCAGGACCCACGAGAAACAUUUUCAGGCGUCGACGGACAGACAGUCCUGGCCAAUGCCCUCCAAAAGUACAGUGCCUCCAUCAACUUCAGCGAGACCAUUGGAUCGCCCCAUCGCGGGCGAUUUUCUCGGCAGCAGAUCGAGAGGAUCCAGGAUCAAGUGCGAACUGCCCAUCAAAAGGGGCUGUUGGCUCGGUACGAAGGCAUACCCUGCUACUCAGAAGGGAUGCGCCGCACUAUUUGGCGUAUCUUGGUUCACGAGGGGGCGGACCUCAUUGAAGUGGACUGGGCUGGGUGUGCUAGCCGAGGCUGGCGGCGAUUCUUCAGCAUCGGGUCGCGGGGGACCGUCCCGGCCGCCAGCCACCCGCUGCAUCCUCGCUGGACAUGGGGCGAGUAA